AUGACUUCCGCUGAAGCCGUGACCGAUGUCCAAGACGCUAUGAACGCCGGCUUUGAUGGUUUUGCUCUCAAUACCCAUACUAUUAGUGCUUCCGACACUUGGAACACUGAUGCAUUGAACUAUCUAUUUGCCGCUGCUGCCGGACAAAACUUCAAGUUAUUCAUUUCAUUCGAUAUGAGCUGGGGGUUGGACGUCAGCCAACUUGCAGCUUUCCUUGCGCCAUAUGCUACCCAAAGUGCAUACUACAAGGUCAACGGGCAGGCUUUCGUUAGCACUUAUACAGGAGGUACCAUUUCCAACUCUGAAUGGGACUCUGAUUUUAUCCAGCCUCUCAUCUCGACCUAUGGCAUAACCCCCUUCUUUGUUCCCGACUUUGACGAUUUCUCUGGAUAUCCGACCGGGGUAUUCAGUUCGUAUCCUAUUCUGAGCGGCGUGUUUAGCUGGGAGUCUGCAUGGCCAUCACCAGGUACUGUUCCUGCGAAUGUCAGUGAUAGUGUAGACUCGGCUGCUCUACAAGAGGCACAUAGUGCUGGGAAAGUCUAUAUGAUGCCCAUGUCAUCUCAUCAGUUCAAAUACCUCGGGAGUGGUCAAGACUGGUACCGCAUUGGCGACGUGAACCUGCCCCAGCGCAUGGAACAGGCGCUACAGUUACAACCCGAUUUUGUGGAAGUCAUCACAUGGAAUGAUGCUGGCGAGAGCCAUUACGUGGGAGACUUUUGGCAGGAUCAGAUUGCAGGCACAGAGAUUGGCGACUACGCCGAUGGAUUUGACCAUAAGGGAUGGCUGCAAGUAAUCACGCCCUUCAUCAAAGCCUACAAGGCUGGUGCGACGGACAUAUCCGACAUCUCUCCACCAGGCAGCGCGCCUGUUGGUGCACUCUGGUAUCGAACGCUUUUGACCAGUGCCAGCUGCUCUUCCUCUAUUGCCAAUUAUCAAUCGGCGCAAGAUACCGUCAAUUUCGCCGUCAUCCUGCCUUCUGCUGGCUACACGAUCAAGGUAUACAGUAAUAGCGAUAUUAUUGGGAGCUUUUCGGGUCAGAAAGGGCUGAAUUAUAAUAGUGUUUUGGGGCUUGCCGUUGGCGGUGGACAGAUGAUUCAAGUGCUGGAUAGUUCGAACAAUGUUGUUGCGUCGGCAACUGGGACCAAGCAAGUUCAGGCUCAGAGUCUCAAUGCCACUUGCAACUGGAACUACGAAGUUGUGGGGCUGUCCUGA